AAAAACCAAACAGCGACUUGCCAUACAACACAGGGACACUGCUGUUUGUAUGUCAAUAAUGGAUACGAGCUAACUGUCUAGCGGGAAUGCGCUCAUAACUGCCGAGGAAGCGCGGCUACAUUGUUUAAUAUAUCACCGAGUGUCACUCUAUAUAUUAGGUCCAACAUUUAAUUCCUGUUUUGUGACUCUCGGAUCUACCGGUCUGUAGACAGCUAUGGGUGGACUGGGGAAUGGGCGUCGUGGAGGAAGAUCACCCCCUCUAAUGAUUGGCGCUCUAAUCGCCUGUAUCCUGGUUCUGGGCUUUAACUACUGGGUGUCCAGCUCACGCAACCUGGAGCUGCAGACUAAGCUCUAUGAGUUGGAGGGCCAAGUUCGACGUGGAGCAGCAGAGCGAGGAGCUGCAGAGAUGAAGAAGAAUGAGUUCCAAGAGGAGAUCCAGAGACAGAAGGAGCAGAUCAGCCACAUAGAAAACCUCUACAAGAGACAGCUGGAAGGAGCCCAGGACACUUGCAGCCAAGAGAAGGGCACACUGCAACAGAAUAUUUCCUCCUCUACCAAAACCAUACAGGAACUCAAAGGGCAGUUGAAUCAGCUGAAUGAUGACCUGGGGAAGCUGCAGAAGGAGCUACAGAGUUGCCAAGGCAACAUCAACACUCUUAACAGCAAACUCACUUAUGACAUGACCCAUUGUCAAUCCCAGGUUCUGUCCCAGAAGGAAUUGUGUGAUGAGAGAGUGGCGGCUGUUAAACUUGAAGCUCAGAAAAAAAUGGAGAAGCUCAUUGUCCCUGCAGCAGGCAUCACAACACAGGAAAAUGCAGUGGAUGGAGCAGUAAACGAGGACAGACCAGUUAUGACCGAAGCUGAUAAGAUACCAACUGUUGUAAACCACACUCCAAGCCUUUCUCAGCCCAAAGGAAAUGAACCUGAACUACUGACCAAUGAAAUCAUUGUAGACAAAGUGGACCUGCCUUCAGUGAAGGAUCUAUCCAAGGUAGAGUUCAAGUUUGUUCCCUCUGCUGCUGCAGUCAAGCAGGACAUUUUGCUACCACAAGGGGGAGCUGACAAAACACAGGAGGUUGAGCCAGAGACCAACAAACUCUUGAAGAAUAAUCUGACUGAGGAUAAAGCGAUGGAAGUGAUGGAUGCUCAUGAAGAGGGAGCUCAGACACAAGAGGCGGACCCUGGGAUGGAAGGCAUGCUAAUCGGCCAGGGGAAGACAGAUGAGACUGUUGUUGGUCAGAAACUGGAUGAGCCAGAACAGUAUGACGCAAUGGGUGGAGUUGAUUUGGAGAAACAACAGCAGAGUAACCGGCCUGAAAAUAUAGACAUGGCGGAGGAGCUGGCUGACUAUAACGGGGAUGAUGAGAAUGAAGGAGAGUUCGAAGCAGACAAACAAGCUGAACUUGCUCAAAACUAAGGGAUGAAGUUGGAGAAGAAUCCUGGACAGGACAUCAGGAAGCAAAACCUGUUUUAAACCUAAGCACAGCGGCACAGUACAGGUUAAUGCAGCCCUUCAAACACAGGUCAACACAAAACAAAUCCAGAAGGAAAUUACAAUAUGAAAGACUUGACAUUUUCAUGAGGAUUUAUUUCCUGGUCUUUUUAUGUGUCAUAUUAAUUACAUUUUGUACAUUUGAUUAUAUUACUUUUUGUCAGAUAUUUCCUCCGUUGGGAUCAUCAAGUUUUCUCUUAUUGUAGUAAGAAUAUUUGCAACUACAUAUCCAAUUCACAACUGAGUGCAAUAUGCAAACGAUAGCCAAGCAUACACAUGUUUUCCAUUCACAUGCAUUUCACUGUAUAUAUAAAACCCUUAAUAUGUUGGUGACUGUGCUCACAUUCUUUGCAGUAAGUUUAGAUGAUAUGAAAGUACUUACUACUAAGCUUUUUUAUAUCACAUGCUAUGUAGUACUCAUGGAAUGGCGAACACAGCUUAAGACAUCUCAAGAUUUGACACCAUUUGGCUUGAAAAAUUUAACAUGCCUGGAAAAUCAGUAGAUUUUUAUAAUGGGAUUAGAUUUUCUUUUUAUGUCCGCUGUUUAGUGACUGUAACUGGAUGAUAAUGUGCAGACCGUUGCAGGGUUAAGAGGUGUCGAAUACUGUAGUAAAUGUAAAUAAUCUGAGUGAUCCCAGUGACAGAACGCCUUCAUCAGGGGGCUAUGUAGGGCAGGCCUCUUCACUCUGAGGCUCAACAGCAUCUUAAUGCCUUAAGAUACUUUUGCACAACGUCCAAUAGAGAGACUUAAGAACACUACAUGCUACAAAAUGUCCAUAAAAGCAGCAAAUGAAGGAAACGGGGUGAUAUUCUUGUUAGAUUGUUGUUAUUUUGAUAUAAACCCAGUCAAAUGGAAAAACAAAAACAGCAGCUUUUUUUGAUUCUCAUGUAGCCAAAGACACUGUAGGCUGGCAUGCCACAUAACAAAUGGGCAAAUUCACCUCAUGGAUUACAUGCUGCUGUAACUUUGUAAAGCGUUAAACAUAAUAUAUUAUGAUUGCUGUAAAUGGACAUUUUUGAUCACUCGUUUCUAAAGCGUCACUUUGUUGAUUUGCUUGGGCGUUUUUAUUAGCAGCAAGGCUUCAAUUCUCAGCUCUACUUCAGAUCAAAUGUCAUAAGGUUAAAUGUGUGCUGUUUUCUACACGUAAAAUAGGUAAGACAGGACAACAGGAUUAUCUUACAGUGAAAGGAAUAGGCUGGAACAUCUGGAUAUUUGUAGAUUAACAAUCUUACUUUAUUGUGAUGCAUGCCUUAUUAAUUCUGUGUGUACCAGUUUUCCUCUAAGGUCAGGUGCUUCUGACUGUGGACCUGCUCAGAUGUUUGUGAUUUUUUCUUUGUGGAUAUUGUCUCUGGUCUGCUGAAUUGGAUGGACUGUAUACUUUGAGAAUGUGGAGAGAUUUCUGAGAAUUGCUGUAAUUUCAUGAAGGACAUUUCCUUGAAGUAGGACCAUUGUGUUGUCCUUUAAGGUUCCUGCAAUCCAGUAGAUGUGAACUAUUCAGUAGCUCUACUAAAAUGUAUUUGUCUACUCAACUUAAAACUGUACUAGACUGGAAAUUGUGUGAGUGAGCACAAACAUGGACUAAUUUUAGGCAUCAAAAAUAACAAAGAGUUAGUUAAAUUUGUGGCGGGAUAUUUUUUUGCCUUGUGUUUUAUACAGGUCAGAUGAUUUCUUUUUAUUUUCAGGUAUUCUGCUUCAUGUAGGAACGUGACUACAGACCCACAAUUACUCACCACACUGGCUGUAAUUGCAGUAAAUUUCCAUAAAGUACUGACUUAUCAACAGAUAAUGUACUGGUGCAGGUAUUUGCCUAUCUGAAAUCUUUGUGGGUUUAAACACAGAUGUUUUUUUUUUUUUUUAAGUGUGUUAAACUGUAUAUACAGUUCAGCUAUUGUGCACGAGAAGUGUGCACGAGAACUGAAAUUUAAUCACUGAAAACUGCCCUAUCCAUUUCAUUUCCAAAGUUUCAAGCUAAGCAAGCUCAAGCAAACCUGCUUUCAUGUCUGUCAUUACAUCUGGCUUGUGGUUCAGUCCCACAGAAACUACAAGUCAAGAUCCUGAGGUUUUUCCCAACAUAAUUUUGUUAACUUAUUUUUUAAUUUAUGUUAUUAUCGUUAUUAUUUUUUAAAUCUGGGCCUGCUCAUCAUGUCUCAAAGGAACCAGGAAACAUACAAAUAACGAACAGGAGUGCUGAUGAAAGAUUAAUGGUGUAGUCACAAGAGCAACAAAGUUUGAUAACAACUAAAUGACAGUUACAGAACAGGGAAGCCCUUUGUGUAUUGGCAAGAUUAACUUUCAAUGCAACAUCAAGCCAGACAGCUAGAAGGUGUUCAAACCUAUUCACCUUCAGCACUCGUGUUUAAAGUGAAGAACAUGAACCCUUUUGUCUGCCUUUUGGUUGAUGUUGCAGGGGAGGUUCCUGAGAUAUUUUUUAUUAUGUCGUGUCGUUUCCAGAGUUGCUGUUUUUCAUUGUCUGACGCUGCAAAGCUUGGACAGCCACCGCUUUGUUUCGUCAGAAAGCUUUGUCUGCCGAAUUGUGUAAAACUCGGAAUUUCUGAACUAGAAGUCUGUGUACCUGGAGAGAAAAUGUUGUAUGAUUUUUAUAAAUUUGAUUAACGUUUUUGGUUAAUUUGUUGGAAUUAUUUUUUAUUUUAUUCUGUACUGCUGAACAAAUUUAUCAAAGAUCUAAAUAAUCAUAGGAUUUAUUGAUGAUAGAGAAUAAAAAAUGUUUUUAUUAUCACUA